AUGUCAGUAAUCACGCCUCUCUGCAUCAAGCACUACCCGGAUGUAGUUUUGGACGUAGUUUUGGCCUCUGUUGCCAAACAUGUUCUUGACGACUCUCCGAUGGCAACUCCAAGACUGACCCACACCGAUAGUCGAGCCGAGAAUCCCCCCAAUGCUCCGAUCAAUCCUUGCCAUCCUGGCGCUACCAUUAAUGAGCUUAACGUCAGUCCUUCGGCGAGCCUCACUGCGAGACUUGAUGAGUCUGUUUCCGGCCUUACCAUUGCCACGAAGCCUUUAACUGAUCUUUCGUCCGCUGAACCUUGCCAAACAACCAUGACCAGAGCAAGCACGACUUACAUUCAGAGCCAGCUCAGUUCUAUCACCACGGCCGUCGAGCUAGCUCGCCAGUCUGGAAAGCCAUUGACCUCUGAAGCUCUCUUAUCGAUGAUUGCUUCAAAGUUCACUCUGGCAUUGACGGCCAAAUCUAGCUUCGAGGGAACAGUCAUGCACAAGCUAGAUGGGCUCUACGACCAAGGCGCUAUGACUCAGCAGAUUGCCCAGGAGGUUUUGAAGCUGCAAAAGCAGAUGAAGGACCGACUGAUUCUGAUCCAGAGUAAGACCGAGGCCAUUUUGACGCAGCAGUUGGAGCUGACCGAGUAUCCGAUUCCUCGGUUGUUUAUUGUCCUACCAGAAGAACCGGCAAAGUAUGACCCUGGCAACUGGUUUAGAACCAAGUUUCGACUGCAUUUCAUUUGUGAGUGCGGCAAGCAUACCGAGGCCAACAACAGCAAGGAACCACACCACCUCCAUCUGGCAAAACACGGAGGAUAUCUUAUCCGUGAGCCAACCGAGCUCUUCAAGAAAUAUGGUCCGUUUCUUUUGUUGAUGCUCGAGCUAAUCAAAUUUGGCACAAGUAUCGCCGGCCAUGUUGUGCCUACCUUGGCUAGUCUUAAAGUUGUCGAGCUGGCAGACUCUGUCCAACAGUCUAUCGAGUCAGUCACGGCCAAGAUCGAUUAUUCGCUCGAAUGUAUCGAUAAUCAACUGUCCAAAGUUCAAGCAUCUUCUCCAGGUGAUUUCAUCAGCACUGAGCCUCGAGCAGCAAUGACGCAACAGGACCUGACCGACUUUUUGAGCGAUGUCGAGGGUCUAGAGGGUGUAGAGUUACGUCAGUUGGGAUCAUUCUUGAAGACAUCAGAGGAUGAGAACCUUCUUGGCAACCUUUAUCGAAUGGCAACCUCGGAUGGCCAUGUCAAAUGGGUCUGCCACGACCACUACCGAGCCAGCUAUCAAGAGAAGUACACCCAGAAGCUCCGCGAUGUGGUCAAGUUGGCAGAAGGAGAACUUUAUGAGCAGCUGGGAAGGGUCGAAAUUGUGCUGACGUCCAAGUUCGCCGCCGCCGAGUUUUACAAUGCCCUCAGCAAAGCCAAGGGUGUCCUCGAACUUAUCAUGGAUUUGAGCUGGGACUGUACAAGGAGCGAUCUCGAUGAAUUAGAGGAUGCACUCAAAACAUCAAGAGUAUCGGUUCUUCGACUAGAUCUCCGACGAUUUCGAAUAAGCCUUGGCAACAGACUCUUAUCAACAUCCGCACAAUACGAAGCACUUUUUCGCCUCAGGGAACUUCCUACUGUGAAAAUAACUCACAUUAUCCUUCCAAAGGAGUUCAUCAAGUUCCUCAGUGUCCAACCAAAAACAUCAUCUCAUCUUUGCAAAUUAUCCUUCGAGCUAUCACCUGGAUCGAUUGGAGGAAAGGAAUUUGAAAGACUGGCAGAGGCACUCAAGACCAACUCGACUCUGACCACUUUAGACUUGCAGCACAACUCGAUCGGAGACAAUGGAGCUCAGGCGCUGUCUGAGGCACUCAAGGUCAACUCGACUCUGACCACUUUAGACUUGCAGCACAACUCGAUCGAGGACAAUGGAGCUCAGGCCCUGUCUGAGGCACUCAAGACCAACUCGACUCUGACCACUUUGGACUUGAGGAGCAACUCGAUCUGGUUCAAAGGAUUUCUGCCAUUUUCUGAGGGACUCAAGACCAACUCGACACUGACCACUUUGGACUUGCGGGACAACUUAAUUGGAGACAAUGUAGCUCAGGCACUCUCUGAGGCACUCAAGACCAACUCGACUCUGACCACUUUGGACUUGCAGCACAACUCAAUUGGACCAGAUGGAGCUCAGGCCCUGUCUGAGGCACUCAAGAUCAACUCAACUCUGACCACUUUGAACUUGAGGAGCAACUCGAUCUGGUUCAAAGGAUUUCUGACAUUUUCUGAGGGGCUUAAGACCAACUCGACACUGACCACUUUGGACUUGCGGGGCAACUUAAUUGGAGACAAUGUAGCUCGGGCACUGUCUGAGGCACUCAAGACCAACUCGACUCUGACCACUUUGGACUUGCAGCACAACUCAAUUGGACCAGAUGGAGCUCAGGCCCUGUCUGAGGCACUCAAGACCAACUCAACUCUGGCCACUUUGGACUUGCAGCACAACUCGAUUGGACCGGAUGGAGCUCAGGCGCUGUCUAAGGCACUCAAGACCAACUCGACUUUGACCACUUUGAACUUGUACUAUAACGGGAUCGGAGACUACGGAGCUCGGGCGCUGUCUGAGGCACUCAAGACUAACUCGACUUUGACCACUUUGGCCUUGUGGAGGAACUCGAUUGGACCAGAUGGAGCUCAGGCGCUGUCUGAGGCACUCAAGACCAACUCGACUCUGACCACUUUGAACUUGAUGAGGAAUCCGAUCAAGGACAAUGGAGCUCAGGCGCUGUCUGAGGCACUCAAGACUAACUCGACUCUGACCACUUUGGACUUGAGUAACAACUCGAUUGCACCAGAUGGGGCUCAGGCGUUAUCUGAGGCACUCAAGACCAACUCGACUCUGACAGUUUUGAACUUGAGUAACAACUCACUUGGACCAGAUGGAGCUCAGGCGCUGUCUAAGGCACUCAAGACCAACCCAACUUUGACCACUUUGGACUUGAGUAACAACUCGAUUGGACCAGAUGGAGCUCAGGUGCUGUCUGAGGCACUCGAGACCAACUCGACUCUGACCACUUUGAACUUGUACUAUAACGGGAUCGGAGACGACGGAGCUCGGGCGCUGUCUGAGGCACUCAAGACCAACUCGACUUUGACCACUUUGGACUUGUGGAGGAACUCGAUUGGACCAGAUGGAGCUCAGGCGCUGUCUGAGGCACUCAAGACCAACUCGACUCUGACCACUUUGAACUUGAUGAGGAAUUCGAUCAAGGACAACGGAACUCAGGCGCUCUCUGAGGCACUCAAGACCAAUUCGAUUCUGACCAUUUUGUACUUAAGUAACAACUCGAUUGGACCAGCUGGAGCUCAGGCGCUGGUUGAGACACUCAAGACCAACUCGACUCUGACCACUUUGGACUUGCAGCACAACUCAAUUGGACCAGAUGGAACUCGGCUGCUGUCUGAAGCAAUCAAGAGAAACUCCGUAGUGCGAUGA